CUUGUGUGUCGGCUUCUUCUAGCAGAGCAGAUCGCUGUCGUCUGAAUGAUAACGGUCACACCCAAAGAAGUUUUGUGUGGCAUUUUCUGUCUGGGUGUGUGUGUAUUUGUGUAUGGGAAGUACACCUGUUUCAACAGAAGAAAUGAAAGUCGCAUUUUGUGGCAAUGACAACCCUUCUGCCUACAAUAUGAGUGGAGGCUUCUUAAGUAAUGUCUGCUUUCUGGAUGCCCUCAACUUGGUACCCCAUGUUUUCCUCUUAUUUAUCACCUUUCCUAUAUUAUUCAUUGGAUGGGGAAGUCAAAGCUCCAAAGUUCAGAUCCAUCACAACAAUGGCUUCACUUCCUGGACACAAUUUGCGGUGGAUUUGACGUUUACCUCCUGUUUGUGCAUGUAUGCGAAAUAGGGGAAGGCAUC